GUAGGAAAUCAUUCGAAUCAUCGAAGCAUUUUUGCAAAAGACAAACUAAAUUACAACAACCGACAACAGCAGCAAACGUUUGAAACCCAAAUCCGAUUGCCUUUUCCGGUUAUUCAGGAAUCAAUAUAUUCCUAAACUCACAAUGAUGUUCCGAAUUAUUGUCGCCACUUUGAUGGUGGCUGGCUUAGCAUCUGCCCAAAUGGGUGGACCCACGAACAAAACAAUGACCAGUAGAGUUUUCAUGAGAGCAGCUAAUGAAACAAACGAUGGCAAAGAUGCCGAUAUGAGAAACUAUGGUGGUGCUUAUGCCCCGGCCCCAGUUUAUGCUGCACCAGCUGCACCAGCAUAUGCUCCACCACCACCCCCAGCAUACGCCCCGCCACCACCACCAGCAGCAUACGCCCCACCACCACCACCACCAGCAUAUGCUCCAGCAGUAGCAGCACCAGCAUACGCCCCACCAGCAGCACCAGCAUACGCCCCACCAGCAGCACCGGCAUACGCCCCACCGGCCGCACCUGCUUACGAUCCUGGAAUUUGCAUCUGUACAUCUCCGGCACCAGCUGAUUACGCAGCCCCACCACCACCACCAGCAUACGCUCCACCACCACCACCGCCAGCAUACGCCCCACCACCAGCAGCACCAGCAUAUGCUCCAGCAGCAGCACCAGCAUACGCCCCACCACCACCACCACCAGCAUACGCCCCACCACCACCACCACCAGCAUACGCUCCGCCACCACCACCAGCACCAGCAUAUGCUCCAGCAGCAGCACCAGCAUACGCCCCACCACCACCACCACCACCCCCGGCAUACGCAGCACCAGCAGCACCAGCAUACGCUCCAGCCCUACCACCACCACCACCCCCGGCAUACGCAGCACCAGCAGCAUACAAAUAAACUUGAAAUGACUAUAAUUUGAAAUCUGGAAACAAAAAUUUCUAAAAAUACAAAAACCCUAUUUAUAAAAUAAAUUUUUUCAAUGAUGA